CAGCCCCAUCUUUCGGUUUCUCAUUCAACGAUAAACAGAGAGACCUGAGCAACGGCUUGGACAGUACGACCGUAUCCAUCGUGAGAGUAGAACUCAUCACAGACAUUUUACCACGAUGAAGUACUCAACCGUUUGCAAAGCUGGCGUCGUAGACCUGUCGCCCUGAAAUCGAUUUUUACCACCGGAAGACUGCUGGCUCCGCCAGCCAGGCAGCCAGCUAGCUAGGUAGCUAUUGCAUAGCAUCGUUUGUUCCCCGCCACUGACCUCCACAAUACAGUCGUGGAGUAUCGUUUAUUCGCAAAGUGGGGCUUUUGAUAUUGACCCGUCUCGACACCCCGGCUCCCGUUGUCUCCUUGCGGUUGCCCGUGGACGGUUCCCGAAUAUGAGACAAAAUGAGUCAAAGAGAUACCCUAGUUCAUCUGUUUGCAGGAGGAUGCGGGGGCACGGUAGGCGCCAUACUGACUUGUCCACUGGAAGUCGUGAAAACACGUCUGCAGUCAUCUUCAAUCAGUUUCUAUGUGUCUGAGGUUCAGCUGAGUACAGUUAAUGGGGCAAGUGUGGCCCGCAUGUCCCCACCGGGUCCCCUGCACUGCCUCAAAUUAAUAUUAGAGAAGGAAGGACCCCGCUCGCUCUUCAGAGGCUUGGGACCGAACUUGGUGGGUGUGGCACCUUCCAGAGCCAUCUACUUUGCUGCUUACUCAACAGCCAAAGAGAAAUUGAACAGUGUGCUGGAACCUGACUCCACGCAGGUUCACAUGGUCUCGGCUGGAAUGGCAGGUUUUACAGCCAUUACAGCAACCAAUCCAAUAUGGCUUAUCAAGACCCGUCUACAGCUUGAUGCAAGAAAUCGAGGAGAGCGGCGGAUGAGUGCGUUUGAGUGUGUGCGGCGUGUGUAUCAGUCCGAUGGCCUGCGGGGCUUCUACAGGGGGAUGUCGGCAUCCUAUGCCGGCAUCUCAGAGACUGUGAUCCACUUUGUGACCUAUGAAAACAUCAAACGACGUCUUUUGGAGGCCAAGGCCCCCCAGAACAUGGACGAGCAAGAUGAGGUAUCCAAGGAUGCAUCAGACUUUGUGGGGAUGAUGCUGGCGGCUGCCACUUCUAAGACGUGUGCCACAUCCAUCGCUUAUCCUCACGAAGUGAUCCGCACCAGACUACGCGAGGAGGGUACCAAAUAUCGCUCCUUCUUCCAGACUUUAACAACAGUUCCCAAAGAAGAGGGCUUCCGCGCCCUCUACCGCGGCCUCACCACACACUUGGUACGACAGAUUCCCAACACCGCCAUCAUGAUGUGCACCUACGAGCUGGUGGUCUACAUCCUGCAUGGCUAAAGUCUUCCCUUAUUUCGAAAGCACUUGUAAUCCAGCUCUUGUUCAACGAUGGAGAAACAAAAAGCAACCUGCUGGCAAACAGACAAGCAGCGUCUCGAUGUUAAUGACAAUUUGAAGUGGCGGGUUUACUUUACUACCAAAGGCACAAGGAAGAUUGAAAGACACUCUCAUUGAUGUGGGGUGGUGCAGUAGAAAAACAAUCCCUCUCUUAUGCAUUCAUAUUAUUAUUGAUACAAUGUUGUCGACUGUCAUAUAGUCUCUAAAUAGCCUAAAAAAAAGCUCAGUGUCAAAGUCUUAACACAAUGAAUUGAUCUUCUGGCUCUUACACUAUUCAUUCUGAAACAUCUCGUUAUACUUCCAAACACGUGGUUAUGAAACAGUUGUCAUCAUUACUGACCUACUAAAAAGUCAGAAGUCGCCGGGCAUCAUUUCAUACGUAGUUAAAUUCAAAAUGAAGCACACUUCAUCCUUGCAAAUUGGAGUAAAAUGCCAGAGGAUUGUGAAUGUGCCUUAGGCAGAAGCAGGAUGAGGGUAUAGGAGAGUAUAGCUUGUGGUGUGUUCGGGUGUGGCUUUGUGCUUAACUUGACAGAAAAAUGUGAAACAAUGCAGUUGCACAGGGGUAUUUCAUGGUUUCAGGCAUUUAAGGAAACCCACGCUAACAUCAUUAACCCUCCUGGGUAUACAGUAGACUUUGGGUAAGGCAGGGGUGUCCAAAGUGCUGCCUGGGGGCCAUUUGUUGGCCGAGGCUGUUUUUUUUCAACGGUUCCACCCAUCCAUCCAUGUUCUAUCCUCAUUAGGGUACGCUGGAGCCUAUCCCAGCUAACUUAGGGCUCGAGGCGGGGUCCACCCUGGACUGGUGGCCAGCCAAUCCCAGGUCACAUAUAGACAAACAACCAUUCACACUCACAUUCAUACCUAUGGACAAUUAGGAGUCGCCAAUUAUGUUUUUGGAAUGUGGGAGGAAACUCCAUACUCCACACAGAGAUGCCUAAUCGGGGAAUCGAACCCAGGUCUUUCUGAUCUCCUGACUGUGUGGCCUUUAAAUUGUUCCAUGAAAAAUAAUAGAAGUAAAUUAUAAAUAAAAAUAUAAUUUAAUAAGAAAACUCGGAAAUUUACCAGAGUACAGUCAAAAUAUGAAGAGAAAAAAGUUAUACUUUUCCGAGAGUAAACUAAAAAUAAUAUAAUUUUGGUUUUGUUGUAAUAUUUGUAUUAUUAUAAAUAAUUUUGGGAUGGGAAAGUUAGGCUGAGAAAAAAGUUGUAUUGUUACAAGAAUGAAGUCAAAAUAUAUUUACAAAAAAUAACCUUUAAUGCUAUAUGGAAAUAUAGAGUUGCGAUAUUAAAGAAAUGUUACUAUGGAAAUAAAGUAGUUACAUAUAGAAUAUUGCUGAGUUACUUAAGGAGAAUUUUGAAAUAUUCGGAAAAUAAAACUGUAAAAAUGGUGCAAAAAGCGUAGUUUGCAUUAUCGCCGAUAUCACAAAGCGGAGAUGCCUUUUAAAAAAAAUAAUAAAAAUGGCAUAUCUACAUGUGUUGGUUUACAAAAUAUGAAAGUGGCCCUUGCAUCCUUUCAUUUUCCAGGAUGUGGCCCUCAGUGGAAAAGUUUGGACACCCCUGUCGUAAGGCUUGCAAUCAGCUAACCCUCCUUGGUCUUUGCUUUCCGUGCAUUUUGAUCUCUUUAUUGCCCGUAUGAAACCACUGCCUUAGAAAUACUGUAGCAUUUAUGCUUGAACAAGACCAGUAACAUCCAUGGGCAAACUGAACCACAAUAGUACACUGCUAACUACUGGAAUGUAAAUAUACAGGUGUAUGGAAGUAAAACACUGGCUCAUUUUAUUAGUAAAUGUGCACAAAUUAAUUUCAACCAAUUGUAAUAUUGAUAUAUAAAAUAUAUUUCCUUAAAUAAUGUGAUUUUGUUUGUCGCGUUUGUUUGACUGAUAAAAGCAAAUACAAACCAUGUAGCUUUGUGGGAAAGAACAUUUGCCUUUAGCUGUGAAAGUAUAUUUUCCUAACUGUUCUCACUGCAUUUCACUUUUCUUGAUAUCUCAUUUUCUUUUUUACCUCGGCUAGAAAAGGCUUAUUCAGUCGCGAGGACAAUCCCCUCAGCCUUUCCCUGGAAUCCUGCGGUUGAUAUAUUGGAAAGGAAUAUGGUUGUCAUAAACGCACAAUAUCCCAUGUACACGUAUAACGUUUUCUUACCUGUUGUUGCUCCUCACGUACGAGUCUCCAAUCUCGUACGGGUUGGCUGUGUUAAUUGUACCCAACCAUCCAAAAACUAAUUGUAAAUCGGAUUAAAUGAUAUGCACGGCUCGGUGCCAUAAGCGGUAAAAUGCAAGUAUAAUAUACAUUUUUCCGGCUACAUUGUACAGUCUAUUUGCAGUUCCACGUUGUGCAUUCUUCCUUUCAUCCAGUGAUUAUUUUGCACCUAUGUUUGAAUUGUGUGAUCGUGAAUGUAUGUUUUCCGCGUGCUUGCUUCAAUGACUAAGGAUUCGGUCGUGUCUUGAGUGGAAGAGACAUCAGAUCUAUGUAUGCACUUGAUUGAGGAACCGCAGGAGGAACAGUGUUUUUAUCCUUUUAAGCAAAUUGUUGCCUUUUUCCUGCGGAUCCUUUUUUCCCCUUGUUGAUGAGCCUGCUUUGAGUGUGGCUCUGUCUAUGCAUUCUGUCAUACCUGUUUUGUCAAACAAGUCAAUAAACUGGAUAGAGUGCAAGUACA